AUGGUGAUCAAGAAGGUGAUCAUAGUCGGAGCUGGGCCGUCAGGUCUUAUCCUCGGUCUCUUACUCGCCAAACAACGGAUCGAAGUCGAACUACUAGAUGCCGGCUCGGAAAUUGACAAACAGCCCCGAGCAGCUCACUAUGCAAGUCCAGCAGUAUACGAGUUGGGAAGAGCUGGGGUCCUCGAAGAUAUCAAGACACGAGGGUUUCAACCUGCUGGAUUUGCUUGGCGGCAAUUUGAUGGCACCUUUAUCGCUGGCAUGAACCAUGCUGUACUUCCUGAUGAUUACCCGAAUAAGAUGGUUGUGCUUCCAUUGGAUCGACUGGGAGAGUUACUUUACGAACACAUCCGGCAGCAACCAACAGCGCAAGUCAAAUGGUCCCAUCGAGUCGUGCGUCUCGGUCAGGAGGAGGGACAGGCGUGGGUCGAAACUGAAACACCAAAUGGCCUUCAACGGUCCGAGGCAGACUAUGUCAUUGGAUGCGAUGGGGCUAGUAGUACCGUGCGCCGAGAGCUGUUUGGGCCCGAAUACCCAGGGGAAACGCUGAAUGCGCAAAUUAUCGCAACCAACGUUUACUAUGACUUCGACCGCUUCGGAUACUGGGACAGCAAUUUCGUCGUCCACCCUGAGUAUUGGUAUAUGGCAGCCCGAGUCACCACAGAUGGCCUCUGGCGCGUCACAUACGGCGAUAAACCCGGGCUGAGCAAAGAAGAAUACAUUGCUCGACAGCCCCAAAUCUACGAGACACUCUUACCUGGAAACCCUAAACCUGACCAAUAUCGAAUUACCAACAUCAGUCCGUAUAAGCUGCAACAGCGAUGCGCGCCAAGCUUCAGAGUCGGAAGGAUCCUGCUUGCAGCAGAUGCAGCGCAUCUCUGUAACCCAUUCGGUGGACUCGGUCUAACAGGCGGCAUUGCCGAUGUUGGCAGUCUCUUCGAUUCAUUGAUGGGUAUUCACAAGGGCCUAGCAGAUGAGACCAUCCUUGAUAAGUACAGUGAAAUCCGCAAACGCAUCUGGGCUGAGAUAAUCGAUCCCAUAUCCCGUGAGAAUUUCAGACGGCUAUAUGAUCAAGAUCCGACCAAGGCUCGCGAGUAUGAUGAGUUUUUCCAGCUUUGUGUCAAGGGUGAGACGGAUGAGGAAACAGCGAAGAGUAUCGUUUUGGGAUUGGAUAUGCUUCGGCAUGAUAUGACGCAGUACUACUCAAAAUGA